AUGGCAGAUCCGUUGUACGAGCUUCUGAUCCCAUACUUCGAUGCGCCCUCAUCCCGACCAGCACCGUCCUCGAAGGAUCCAACUACCAAUGCCUACCUAACCCGUCUGACAACCCUCCCUCUCUCGUCUCUCACAAGCAGCGAGCCGCAAUCCCUCUCUCAAACCACGCAUUCCCUUUCCCUCUCCCUCCAAGCUCUUUCGAAACGCUCGCAUCAGUCUAUAAUCGACUCGUCUACCCAUCUCUCGACGCUGAGCACUACGCUUCCGACCCUCGCUGCAUCAACCGCCUCCCUCCGCGAUGCCCUCCCCAAGCUCGACGAUGCUGCCAUUCACUUCAGCGAAACCUACAACACGCGCUCCGAUAAUGCGCUCCUCGAUCGACGGCGCAAAGCUCUCCUGCUGUCCCGCAAUAUUGACCGCCUCUCCGACAUUCUCGACCUGCCGACGCUUCUCUCCUCCGCCAUAUCAACAUCCAAUGCCUCCACGGCUUCCAUAUCUGCCACAAACGCUACCCUUAAUUAUGCCUCUGCCCUAGACUUGAACUCGCAUAUAAGGCGGCUCCACGGCUUAUAUCCCGACUCGACAUUGAUUUCUAGCGUAGAAAAGCAGGCGGAGGAAGCCAUGCAAGAUAUGGCUACAAAUCUCAUCGCAAGCUUGAGAACUAAUUCCCUGAAACUCGCCAAUGCUAUGCGCACAAUAUCUUGGCUACGGCGUGUGGCGCCUGAAUUGGACCCCUCGACAACCUCUACGCCAUCUCUGCAUCACGGAGUAGGAGCCAGCCGUGAAGGUAGCCUCGGAUCUCUGUUUCUCGUCUGUCGUUUAGCCAACCUUCAUCAGAUGCUCUCGGCGCUGGAACCACUACGUGAACUAGCAGACCAAGAAACCCUACGAUUACAGGAAUCUGAAGCUGGAUCCGGGCCAGAUGUAAAAAGCAAGAGUAAAUGGGAAGGCGGGCAGCAAACCGAACGCUACUUGAAACGCUACAUAGAAAUCUUUCGUGAACAGAGCUUUGCCAUUAUCUCCAUGUACCGCAGCAUCUUCCCAGCCGGAAACUCUGCCCAUGAAGAUAGCAUACUCAAAGGCUUGGGACGGGAGGGUCAUGUGAAAGAGGACCCGUUAUUGCCGCUGCCGAGCUCACUAGGGACGUUCCCGUUGCAGCUGGUGGGAAUGUUGGAGCAGACGUUGAGGAGAUAUUUGGGCAAUGUGAGGGAUCGGAGUAGUAGAGACAGUCUGCUGACCCAGGUUUUGUACUGUGCGGGGAGUUUGGGGAGACUGGGGGGUGAUUUUAGUAUGCUGCUUGCCUUUUUUGGGGAGCAGGAGGAUAGCGAGGCCCAAGAUGAGGAGUGGGUGGAGAUAAUCCGGAAACAUCGUGUGUUGGCUGGGAGGUUGGAACUGAUGGUUGGUGCGAAGGACGGAUAG